AGGUGUCAUUCCACACAGGAGCGCACGGGAUCCUGUGGGUUUCUUGUGUUGUCACAUCCGCUACACAGGGAUAAUCCGGGACGAAUCAAGGCAAGUAAGGCCAAAGGAUUGACUUUCCACAGAGCUGGAGAGGGAAAGACAACGUCAGAGCUGUGGAGAUUGAUGUUAGAAAUGUUGGCAACUGCAGCUUUAAAACAUUUGUGUUUGAAGAUGGUGGUAACAAGCAUCUCGUCUUACUUACUACAGGCUCUGCUAUGACUGUGGAUGUGAGUCUAAGUGACUGUUCAUAUGGAACUCCAUGCAAAGACAAGAGGUGGAGCUCUGAUGGAAUUCAUCAGAGCCCCCAGGGCGAAGUACACAAUGGUAGGUGAAGCUAUACGUCAUGUUAUCCCUGAACAUAUGCGAUGCUCAAUCGGCUGUGGAGGUCAAGCCUGCAAGUAUGACAAUCCAAGUUACUGGAGUGAUGACCAACAGGCCAUAAAAGGCCUCUAUUCAUCCUGGGUUUCUGAUUAUUUUCUCGCUAUGUCCAGACCCUCAACAGAAAUCAUUGAGAAGUAUAAAAUCAUUGAUCAAUUCAAAAGGAAUGGUAUUAAAACAGUGAUCAACCUACAGAUACCUGGUGAACAUGCCAGCUGCGGAAACCCUCUGGAGCCAGAGAGCGGUUUCUCAUACCGCCCAGAGGUCUUCAUGGAAAACAACAUUUAUUUCUACAAUUUUGGCUGGAGUGACUAUGGAGUGGCCAAUCUCACCACUGUGCUGGACAUGGUGAAAGUCAUGGCUUUUGCACUGCAGGAGGGAAAGAUAGCAAUCCACUGUCACGCUGGUCUUGGCAGAACAGGUGUGCUGUUAGCAUGCUUCUUGGCCUAUGCUACCAGGAUGACUCCUAACCAGGCUAUUUUAUAUGUACGUGCUAAACGCCCCAAUUCCAUCCAGACCCGAGGUCAGCUGAGUUGUGUCAGACAUUUUGUCCAGUUCCUUGCCCCUUUAAGGAGUGUGUUUUCCUGUGCUGAGCCUCGAUUCAAUCCAGUCACCCUGUCCCAGUACCUGAACCGCCAGAGACACAUAUUGCAUGGCACUGAGAGGAAGGAGCUGAGGCACCUCCCAAAGAUUGUCCAGCUUGUGUGUAGGCUGCUGUUGGACAUUGCAGAGAAUCGACAGGUGAUUGAGGAAGACAUUCUUGAGGCCCCUGAUAUUGAUGACAUAGAGAUGACUCUCAGCGUCAUUGAGAAGAUGGGCCCUGAGUUAUUCACAAAGAAGCCCCGCUUGCCAGGUACACCCACAUUACCCAGACAUUUUCACGAGCCACCAAUCUUCUACCAUCGCAAAAGUCUGAGCUACAGUGAGUCCGACCUGAGACGACUGGGCUCACAGCUCAACCUCCUCACACAACCUCCAAGCUCCCUUUCACAGAAUAGUCUUGAGAUGCCUCUUUGCCCAUUUGAUGACACUUCUGGCGUUUCACACAGUCUAUCAGGCUCACUCUGGCAAGUCAAGAAUGUUGAAGAUGGAUCCGUUCUGCUAAAGAAAGUGAAGCGGAAAACCUUUCAACGCAGUGAAACAGUGGGAAACAAUGACUCUACCAAAUACAGUGGCAUGUUUUCCAGGUGGAAGGCAGAGCAGAGGGAAGAGUUAGUGAUGAAUGGGAUGAAGCCUCAAGACAGAGGAAUGGAGCAUUCGGAGAAGUCAGAGGUGCCCUUUAUUACCCUGCAGUCAGAGUUGUCCCUGGACGCCAGGAGGUUGCUCGUGGCACAGGCUUUGGCAGUGGACCUAUUUCUUGAUGGAGAAGAAGAGCAUAAAAACUACGUCUUGACCUGGCAGGCAGAACUGAACCAAGGUGGUGGCUGGGAAAGGCUAUGUAUGGAGCGGGAUCCCUUUAUCCUCACUGGGCUCAUGUGGGCAUGGCUGGAGCAGCUUAAAGGGCCAGUCAUCUCCAACCAGGAAGCCAAAUCCCUCAACGCCAACAACAAUGAUGCUCAAACUGUCCUCAACACACUUGACCAGGCCUCUAAACAAACAUUAACAUGCAUACUAAAUUGUAUGGCUAAUAUGAUGGCAAUACCAGAAGAGGUUGAAAAUGCUUUCUUGAAUCGUACUAUCAAAGCUUUUACCUGGAUCAAAAAUAACUCAGAGGAUGAAAGCAAAGUGUACGAAUCCAUGACUGCUGCCCUGCGAUGUGUCCUUGAGGACAUGAGAUAUGGGGUCAUCAAAGCAGAUGAGAUGCCAACGUCUCCCUUCUCUUUAACAUAGGUACUACCAGUCAUGGGUACGGUGCAAGGAUGCUUUUGUGCCUUGUGGGCAAAUUGUUUCAAAUGUGAUAACUUUACCUAGCCUGGUCGACACCAGAACCUUCUCAGUUGUCACAGAGUGGGUUUGGGGAAGGUUCACUCACAGCGCAUUACCAAAGGGGCAUCACCAACGGACGCCACUCAAAUGCCUCUGGGCGCGAUUGGAUAGACCUAAAGCCAAUCAGAGCGAUGAAGGAGAUGACGUAUCCAGAGCGACGGAAAAACAUCUCAACCAGGGAGCAUGUUGCAGAGCCCGUUCACGGAAAUGGUGUAAAGCCCGCCUCAAACGGUUCUGAUUUGUGCCUUGAAUUGGAAAAAUUGGAAAUGGGCUUGAAUGGGCUUCUGGCCAGACAGACUUGCAGAGCAAAUCUAAAAUUUGCCGGAAGUUCGUAAGGAUUUUCCCGGGCUAAACUUUUCCAAGAGCUUGCCAAUUUGGGCUAAAUAUAAAAAUAUAUCACCAUACAUUUUGUCACUAGAUUAUUUUAUUAGAUAUUAUUGUCACUAACACAUAACUAUAUGUCUCAGUAUUUUUCUUCUGUAGUGACAUAUUGAAGAAGGUGACAAAAAAAUAUUUAGCAAACAUUAUGCCUUAAGACUGUUCAUGUUCAACAGCUCCAAAGCGUAGAUAAUGAACAUUACCCUUACAUCUUUAAAAACUUGUUACUAAACUAAAACUAAACAUGUUUAUUACACAGUGUAUCAAUAGAGGAUUUCUAUUCUGUUAAACAUUCGGGUUAGUGUAAACAUAGACUUCCCAUCCUAGUGUAUGCAUAUAUGAGGAAAAGUUCAUAAUAAAAGCAAAGGAUCCUCCUUCUGGAGGGUUGUGCAAA